AUGCAAAAUCAUAGUAAUGGACGAUCUACUAAAGUAACCAAUGUUAUACCAAAUGGUGAGCACAACGAAGAAGAUAUCAAAGAGUUAUACAAAUAUUUAUUAAAAAUAAUACUAUUGGAAUACAGCAAUGAAACCAGAUUUAGAACACCAAUAAUAACACCAAAGAAAAUCACUCCAAUUAAUAGAAACAGCAUGAUAAUAGAUUCAAUACUACCGUCUCACGUAAUGAAAUCUUUAAAUUCGCGACUACAAAAUAUAAUGACUAAAAAAUUUCAAAUUGAUGAAAAAACAAGAAGAUCUGUACUUAGAUUAUACGGAGAUUUACUAGAUCCACAAAAGGAUUUUAGAAAUGUUGAUUUAUUAAUUUCAAAAUUUGCAUCAUAUGCAGAUCAAGAACUUCGAAAAUUUGGUAAUGAAGAUCCUUCUGAAAUGUUUAGACAAAGUUCAAUUUUCAUUGAUAUGAUAAUUUCUUUCUUGAAUCCUAAAAAAGAAACAGAACAAGUAAUAAUUAAUAGAUUAUUAGAUAGGAAAAGAGAAUUUAAAGAAAAAGAAACUCCAAAAAAGGAAGAAUUUAAAUACCCUCAAAAGUCAUACAGGGUAGAUGAUAUGAAUGAAAAGCUAUUAUCAAUAAUUAGAGAACUUUUCAAAGUUGAUAAUAUUAAAAUACAAACUGAUGUUUUCAAAUAUAAAGACAUUUCAGAACCUAGAUUACUACAUUUGGAUGUUGAUAGAUUAGCAACUAUGAAAUGCAAUGAGUAUACAAAUGAUGAAGCUCACGAGUUAUGGAAAAGCAGAGAAUCAGAAAUAAUAGCCCAACUGAAAAAUAAAUACAAGUAUAUAUCUGAACUUAAAGUGAAUUUACCAGAAGACGAACAAUUUUAUAUUAUACCGAGAUACGAAAGAAGGAGAAGUUUAUUUUUGUUGUUAACUUCACUAAUAGCUAAAUCUAGUACCGAUUUUUUAAAUCCAAAUAUUCCUGAUUUUUUACAAAUAGUUGCUCGAGUUUGGGUAAUUGAUUUCCCAACUAGAGUUUCUGCAUAUUACCAAGCCUAUAAUGAAAACUUGUUAUCCACUGAUAAAAGUCUAGAUUUGACAAAAUCAAUCAAUACAUUUACUUUAUUUGAAAAAGAAUGUGGGUCAUCAUGGAAAAAUAAACAUUUAUGGUCAAUUGAUGAUCAAAACUUAUGGAUUGAAAAUCUAACAAUCACAUAUAAUCAAUUAUUUACAUCAAUUCGAGAAUGUUUUACUCAUUUAUUUGAUGAAAAAGAAAAACCAAAAUUUGGACCAUAUCUUGAAUUUCUUGGAAAAUAUAUAGAACUGGAUGAAUUAUACCAGUCCAUUCAAGAGUCUGAAAUACCUAAAAAAUGGGAGAAAAGAUUAAUAAAAUCAGUGUUAAAAAUUUCAGGUAAAAGAUAUGAAACAUAUUUGGAAAAUUUACCUAGAGAUGAUACCUUAAAUGUAAUCCAUUUAUUUAAUAUUUGUGAUAAAUUGAUUGAUGAUAUAAAAUCUUUACAAAAAAAAUAUAAAAAGUCAUUUCUAGGAUUUUUAAACGUUUCUAAAACUGUUGCUUCAAUUACUACUGGAAUGUUUGGAAAUGAUGCAAAAAUGAUUUUAAAUCAUAUUCAAAAUUAUAAUCAUCUGAGAAAUGAAGAACUUCCAGUUGCAGAUGCUUUAGAAUUAUAUAAGCUGCUUGCAGAAAUACGAGAUAUUUAUUAUCAAGUUUCUUCCACUUCUUCACCUAAGUUUCAAUUCGAUUUGGAACCGUUUUUUUAUCAAUAUUUAGAUUUCUGGGCCGAAGAAGCUGAAGAAAAAUUAAAAGAUAUUAUAUAUAAGGCUUUAAAUCAGGAUAAUUAUUUACCAAUUAACAUAACUGAAGAUUCACAAAAAAAUAGCAAUGCAGUGUUGGAUAUACUAACAAUUGUAAGGCAAUAUUUAUCAAUUUUGAAUAAAUUAGGAUGGCAAAAUGAAUAUCAACUUGCUAAAAUAUAUACCAAAUUAUUAAGAGCUAUUUCAAAUGGGUUCUUAUUUUAUUCAGAUCAAAUUACUACUAAAAUCAAUAAAGAAUUAUCAGUAUUAAAAGUCGAAGUAGAAGAAUCACAAAAAAAUUGGUUAGAUGAAGUUAAAAAUGUAAUGAACAGUAUUCAAGGUAAAGAAGAACCACAAAUUGUAUUUAAUUUUGAACCUGAAACUUGUGUGUCCUUAAAUAAUAUUGCUGCUAUGAUGGAAAGUUUAGCAAAAUUAGAAGAUUGGUUAGAUCCGGAAUCUAUAUCAAAUUCUUUAAAUAGUCAAGAUAAACAACAAAAUUACCUAGGUCAUGUUUUUACACUUCGAAUUAUAAAAGCUGAAAAUUUAACCUUAUCAAAAGAAUCCACAUUUGGUAGAAUUAAUCCUUAUGUUGCAUUAGCAGAUUUUAAUAAUAAAAGAUCUAUAGGAAAAACAAGAACAAUAAGACAAACUUCAGAUCCUGAAUGGGAUGAAGAAUUCGAAAUUACUAUACCAGCAAAUACAAACCUAGAAGUAUCAGCUAUAGUUUGGAGUAAAAGUAUAGGACAACAUCAAAUAUGUGGUAAAACUAUGUUUGAACUAAACCCUAAAAAAUUUAAGCAUAAUGGUUCUCCUGAAGAAAUCAUACUAGAUCUUGAUUUGCUGGGUAAACUUAUCGUUGAAGUUGCAGUUGAAAAUGAAACUUUAGAUGCAAUGUUUGUAAUGGGUAGAGCAUAUAGAGCAUUAAAAAGAGCUCAAGAAAGAUCAAUUAAAUUAAUGGUUGAAAAAUUUCUGGGUUUUAUUGAAGGUUGUUUUUCUAAAGCAAAUCUAAAAUCAAUUUGUUCAAAAGGUCAACCUGCAAGAGCUGACUUCGAAGCAUCAAUCGAAACCCUAUGUGAUUAUUUGAAUUUAAAUUUAAGUACCUUAAAAGCUAAUUUAAGAGAUGAUUUAUUCAUGUCAGUAAUGGCAGCUACAUGGAAUGUUGUUAUCAAAUCCGCAGAUGAAUUAUUAUUACCAAAAUUGUCAAAAGCAAAAAUUGAUUCAAAUAGUUGGCAAUCAAUGUCUUCAAGGUUUGCAAAUACCUCAAUUUCAUCAGCAAUGUCAAAAUUAGGAUAUGAUUCUCAAUUAAAUGGUAUUGAAAUUGAAACUGUUUUAAGAUGGCUAGAUUUAUUAACUGAUUUUUUUCAUAAUGAAGGUAAUGGACCACCAUUAGAAGAAUUAAAAACAGAUAAAUAUCAAUCAUUAUUAUUAAUUCCUGCGUUUUAUGAUCAAUCAGAAGAAGAAUUAAUAGAAGAAGUUGAAAGAUUAUCACCAGCAUUUGUCAAUGUAUUAACUAGUAAAAAUGAUUUUUCAUCAUCUAAAAAUUUAAAAAGAUCAGAUACUUUAUCAAGAAGUAAAACAAUUUAUGCAAAUGCAACUAUAAAAAAUAGAGCACAAGCAGUAAAAGACACAAAACAAGCAAGAACUGAUCCAAAUGCAAAUAUGGUUUUAAAAGAAGAUAUAAUAUUAAGAAUUUUACUUGCUCGUGGUCGUAAAGAUUUUGUAAGAGUAAGAUUAGCUCAAAGAACAAAAUUAGCUUAUAGUAUGGCAACUGAAAGAAUGGCAAGAAUUGCAGCUGAGAAAAAAUUUUAUAGGUAG